CCUUACACUAGCAAACCAGGAAGCUUGAAAGCGAAAGUAGGGAAUGACGAAUUUGUGGAAAGAUUACACGCAAUAUGUGGGAAAAACCAGUUGCAUUUUCAUUUACUAACACAAAGACACAGAACUAACACGGGCGACAGGAUGGCUUCUCUACCAGCAAACGACUUACUUGAUUUUGAUGAGAUUGCCAACCUGCACUGUCUUCAAGAAACAGUAUCGGACGAUGAAGGAGUGACCAUCACGGAACCCUGCGACCGAGACACGCGUCUUCGGGGGGAGGUACUGACCCAUCUACACGAUGCCCUGGCCUGCAUGUACAAGGAAGAAGAGCUCACCGACCUUCAUGUCAAAAUUGAAGGCAAGGUCUUCCACUGCCAUCGGGUGAUAAUGGCGGCCAUGUCAGGCUACUUCCGGUCCCUUUUUACUUCCGGUAUGCAGGAGAGCCAGAAUGGUGAGGUGGAAUUGCAAGAUGUUUCCAAGAGAACAUUUGACCUCAUCCUGCUGUACGUGUAUUAUGGCGAUAAUGUUGUCAACUCGGAUUCUGUGGAGGAGUUGCUGAGAGCAACAGUGCUGCUUCAGAUACCACCCUUGGAGAGAGCGUGUGUGGAGUAUAUGAGCAAGUGUCUCAACCCCAGUAACUGCAUGAGUAUCUGGAAGGCAGGCAAGACAUUCGGUUGUCCUGCGCUGAUAGAAACGGCAUGGGAUGUCAUUUUGAAAAAUUUUGAGGAGGUCAGCCAUCAGGAAGACUUCCUGGCCUUGCAGAAGGACGAUGUAGUAGCCAUCCUGGACGAUGACCAGUUGAACCCCGACUCCGAGGACCCCAUCUGUGACGCUGUCCUUUCAUGGGUUCGAUCUGACCUUCCUGCAAGGGAAGAACACAUGGAGGAACUGCUAAGCCUAGUCUGUGUGCCAAAGAUGUCUUCAUCCUUUGUCUAUGACAGACUCCUCCUUGACCAUGACCUUAUGCAGAAGAACCCCCGCUUCUUUACAUUUGUGAUGGAAGCGACACGUUGCCACAUGAAGCCGGAUGAGAAAGCUAAGGUGAUGGCAAAGCAAACCAAACUGAGGAACGAUCCCAAUUACCAAAAGGUUGAAGCCCUCGUUGGUGGGUAUUUCAUGGCAGAUGAUCCCCUUAAAUGCGUCCUCUGUUAUGAUUUGAAUCGGAGAAAGUGGUACACCGUUGCUGCCAUGCCUCAAGAAGCUGGUGAGGACUUUGCUACAUGUACGUACCAAAAUGAAAUGUAUGUUUCUGGGGGAUCUAGAAGUCUGGACAAAUUCAUCAAGUACAUCCCAGGCAGCAAUGACUGGCUCGAUCAACCGUCUCUCAUCACAGGACGAGAGUGCCACAGCAUGGUCGUUGUCGGAGAAUACAUCUACGUUCUUGGAGGACGAAACUCCCAACUGGAAGACGAAAGCGGUGUCGUUAAGGACAUCGAGGCCUACAACACAACAAGGGGAACAUGGUCCAAAGUUGGCAAACUUGAAAUUCCUUUGGAUAGCCUCUCUGCUGCAGUGAUGAAUGAAAGAAUAUAUACCUUUGGUGGAACGGAUGAAAAUGGUAAAAGCACUUCUGCAAUCCAGUGCUUCGAUCCAAGCAAAAGAACAUGCAGUCUCGUAGGAUCGUUGCCCGAGCCAUCAUCAGCUACUUCUGCCAUUGCCUUUAAUGCCAACAUUUACGUGUUCAGUCAAGAAGGAAAGGUCUUCCGGUUCGACCAGACACAGUCUUUGUCAAAGGUUGCGGAGUUUGAGGGGAGGUCCAAGUUUGGGUUGUACGUGAGUGGGCACAGUCUCAUGGUCGUCGGUGGGCAGGAUGAGAAUAGAACUUUCCUGGAUCAGAUCGUCAGUGUCAACGUGAAGUCAGGAAGCGUUGCUGCUGCUGAUACAAAACUUCCCAUACCGUUUUGUGGCUUCAAGAUGGAGUCGUUGGUGAUGCCGAAGGUCAUGCUGGCUCAAGAAGGGUUUAACGUCCAGGGGCAGAACCUGUUUGACACAGACCUAGAACGCCGUGAGCAAUAUAAAGCAAAAAGACACAGGCACCCUUUCUUACAGAACGACUUCUAGAGACUCGGAGCUGUGUUCCGGCUGGAGUAAAUCAAAUGUUUACAUAUGUUGGACAUUUAAAAGAAACCGUCUUCCAUUCUUAAAACAAACGUGAAAAAUUACACAGAAUUCAGGACAUCCUAUCAAUGCGUUAAAGGAGCCCAUAUUUUGCUAUCAUUCAGAACAACCUGGCAAUGAUUUAAAGUGCCCAUCGUUCGCUAUCAUUCAGGACAGCCUGCCAAUGAUUUUUGAAACCCGUCGUUUGCUAACAUUCAGGACAACUUGCCAAUGAUUUAUGAAACCCGUCUCAUUUGCUAAAAUUCAGGACAACCUGCGAAAAAAUGAACUAAAGCGCCCUUUGCACCGGCAGUUGCAUUUGGAACUUCCGACAACUACGUAGGAUGUUAAUCACAACAUAACUCUUUUAGAUCUUCAUCCAAAAUGAUCAAACCUUUCCCAAAGUUGAUUGGCAGGACUCCUCUGAAGUUGCAUCUGGAUUCUACAAAGGAAAAUCUGUAUUUAACAAUGUGGUUGCCUUAGUACCAUGCUGAUUUUGGCGUAAAAACUAGCACAUCGGCACAGAAACCUGGCCUUGACGCACAUGACUGUACAACUAGGAGGCUAGAGGUCAAUCAUUGCUAUAUCUGGAUUGAUCAAAUUCCGGAUUGAUUGAUGUUGUCAGACGAUUUCGAUUCGUCCAUCCCCGUUUCGUUUUUUUACGAUCUCGAUUUUGAAUUCUUUUUCAAGUAUCAUUCAGAGAAGAGAUGUGACUUCAGCAUAAGUUACUGCAAUGAUUUCAUCGCUUGCAAGUAGUCAAAGGGGUGGAUUAGCCUAGUCGUUAGAGCGUUCGCUUUUCACAAGGGUUCGAUUCCCCAAUAUGACUAUUAUUGUUGCCAUUAUUAGUAUUGUAAUAAUCAGGAAUCAGUUAGUCUAAAAUUUCCAACGUUCUGUAUUUGAUGUGCAUGAUUUAAUUUCUGUUUACAUGAUAAUCAGGUGUGAAAUGUUUUUUUCGUAUAGAGGUUACAACUGGCGGUAAUAUAUUUCAACAUUACCGCCAGUAUGAUCCCUUCACAACUUGGGUAGCCUAGUGGUUAAUGUGUUCGCUUGUCAUGUCGAAGGCCUGUGUUCGAUUCCCCACAUAGGUAAUAUGCGUGAAGCCUUUUUCUAGUAUUCCCUCCGUGAUAUAGCUUGAAUAUUGCAAAAAGCAGCGUAACACCAUCACUGUUUAUGUAAAUGCACUACUGUAUCUGCUUCAGCUGCUGUUUCUGGUGCAACUGUUAUUGAUGCUUCACGUGGUAAGGCGGAAAACGAUAUCUUCAUUUGUUUCUUCUUUAUUACAUAUAUAACCUGCGAAUAUGUACAUGGAAUGGGUUGGUCUGAUGUGUAUGUAUUUAGCCUUUGUGGUAGUUUAGCUUUUGUAUUGUAACAGGAAAACCUGGUAAUGUCCAUAUGUACUUAUAUAAACCUUCCCACACUAAAUGUUUCAGAUGACAGGGUUUCCAUACUUAACAAUGGCAUUAAAGUCAGAUCAUUGUUCUUGCUACUGCUGCACUAAAAUCUGAGGACAUCCCAUCACAGAUCACGUUAGAACGAGAUUUCAUCCGACCAAUCAGAGCGUCGCUUACGAGAUCGGGAAAGUGAAAGUCAUAUCCGUGCGCGUCUGUUUCACAAAACUUGUGAACGUCAAAGACUUGCGCUGUUUCUUUCCACAAAAUGCAGACACGCUGUGAUAUAACUGAAAUAGGCCUACUAUUCGAAUCGGCGUCAAACCAAACUCACACUUUGUAUUUAUUAUUAAUGUGUAGAUUGUUCUAGCCACUGUAUGGCUGAAGUACUCCCCGAUGUGACUUUAAAUACUUACUCACUGUUUGCUUGGAGUGAAAUACAUACGGCAGUGAUUUGAGCAAGUUCGAGGUCAACAUUUGACCUGUAUUGACAUUGAAAGUCCAUUACGCUCCACCAACAUCAGAAAACACGUGCGACAAAAGGUCAAGGUCGAUAGUCAGAUACCAUAUACCCAGUUAACGGUUGUAACUUAUUCAAGUGGACUGGGUUUGUUGUUUAACGCCACACGCAGCCAUAGUCCAGCUACAUGACGGCUGCCGUCGACGUAGUGGAGUCUGGACAAUCCAGUGAUUGGCAUCAUGAGCAUCGAUGCACGCAACGGGGACACGAUGACAUGUAUUAACCAGCUCGCCGAGUCUCACCUCAUUAAGUCGCUUCUUACAAGCAUAUAUUGCUUGGGACCUAUACUCCAACCGUAGUUCCCCCGGGUCUUCCAGUGGUGAGAAGGGGUGGUCGGGUAGCCUAGUGGUUAAACCGUUCGCUCGUCACGCCGAAGACCCGGGUUCGAUUCCCGACAUGGGUACAAUGUGUGAAGCCCAUUUCUGGUGUCCCCCGCCGUGAUAUUGCUGGAAUAUUGCUAAAAGCGGCGUAAAACCAUACUCACUCACUCACUCCAGUGGUGAAAAUAAUAUGGUAGCAGUCUAAGGUUGCGCUGUGGUGCUAGAACUGCCAACUGUAUGUUUGUUUAGACAAUAUGUUGAUAUCGUUUGUAGUGUCUUGCAGUUAGUGUACAUUGCAUAUUAUGUAUAUUUUGCUUUGUUGGAAUAAACAUUUUAAUACGUUAA